AUGCUUAAAAUCGUAUUAAUAUCUGUUCUGAUCGUGGCUGCCUCAGCUAUGCCAAGUGCGCUUGAACGUGUUGCUCGUUCCCCUCAUCGCCUUCGCGGAGGAAUAGAAUUCAGUGGUUCUCAAGCUGAAAGCUUCUCAGGUGGAUAUGGUGGCGGAUAUGAACGGUAUCCAGGUGGAUACGGAGGAUCUCCAGACGGUGGAUACGGAGGAUACCCAGGCGGAGGAUACGGAGGAUACCCAGGUGGAGGAUACCAAGGAUACCCAGGCGGAGGAUACGGAGGAUACCCAGGCGGAGGAUACGGAGGAUACCCAGGCGGAGGAUACGGUGGAUAUCCAGGACACGGUGGUCGCGGCGCCGGCGUGGAUGGUUCAUCCAGUAGUGCAAAAUCCUUCGGCGUGGGCAUUGAAUUCAAAAAGUAA